AUGGCCAUGGCGGGCACAGGACAACAGCCGGACAGCAAUGAUGAUGCCCCCACUCCCCAGCGGCCGGUCUCUUCCUUGCUGUCUCAUUUUGAAAAUCUUUCCCACCGCAGAGCUCCCUCCGCUGUAACCGGUAGCCCGCGCGCCUCCACUAAUAAUCUACUGGCACCGGAGCCCAACGAUGAGGUCCGAUCAUCCAGCCGUGCUUCUCUCGACUUGCCCAGGACACAGUCCCCGUGGACUCCAGCCGAAGAAACGCCGCGUCAGCAUCAACAGACGAAUGGCGAAGAUACCCCGGACCGCGGGUUCUCCGGAAGACGAUAUGGCCGGCCCAUCUCUAUGAACUUCCACCGUUCGUCCCCACAGCUUCCGCCAACGUUAACAGUCCAGUCACCUCAAUCGCCUCCGCGCGGACAAGGUCGUGAUGAUGUCUGGUUCCCGCGUGAUGACACCCGGAAGACUCGGAGUCCAGGUCAUCGCCCACGAGAAUCCAUGUCCGUCUCACCAGCACCACCUCGGCCACUCUCUCCGGUGCCGAAGUUCGGGCCAUCUGUCCAUUCAGGAGAUACGAAUUCCCAACCAUCGAAUGGGUCGUUGCGGGUCAACCAAGCAGAGAGCGCAGGGGAUCGGAAAUUGAAGAGUGCGUCGCAGCCACCUCCAGCUAAUCGCGCACCAAAGCCAAAAGUCCCCGCGAAACCGGCGAUGUUUUCUCAUUCGGACACAAGCUCAUUGGCCCCUCGGCCUGAACGAGCAUCACCCGACCCGAGCGUUUCACCUUUCAGCACCCCGCCUAGUAGUCCAGAAAAGCCGAUGUCUCCGUCACGUUCUGCGGGGAGGACGAAUGUCAGCCCACCGCUGGCCCGACCAACAACGGAACCGCCAACUCGUCGCUCAUCAAAGGAACCGCCAACUCGGCGCUCAUUUGAUGAGCGACCACCUGCUCCGUCUGCGGCCGCCAGGCAUGAUGCUAGAGAGAUGGGAUUCUCGAGGGCCCGCCCUGGUCCGGAGCCUUCACGGGCGACCAAGCCUUUGAUGGUGCAAAUUCCAUCUACUCCCGUCGAUGCCCCAAUGUCUGCCUCUACUGCUCCCCCUCUCUCGGCGCAGAGAUACCGAACCAGUGAUGCUCCUUACGAGCGUCCUGGGCUGCCCCCACGACCACCUGUAACUCCCCGCCGAAGUGGAGUGUCCCCCGCACGAGAGUCCUCCAGGCACUUGAAUAGCCCUGCGCAGGUAACGCCGGCCUCUAGGGUUGUGUCUUCUUACCCAGGCGUUAAUAAUGAAGCCUCCGCGCCAAAGCCAAUCCGGCGACAAUCAUCGGUGCCUCGUGAACCCCGGAUAUCUUCCUCUCUUCCUGAGCGGCGCGUGGUACGGACAGACACGGAAGAAGAAGAGCACGCCGAAGAGCCGGCUAUACUGCGGACCGACUACCCUGAUGCAUCAAAGGCCAAUCGUCGGCCUCCACGACUAAAGACUGGACCUAGGGAGAUCCAGACAAAGUAUGACACCCGCUUGCUCGCGGUAUGCGGCAAGUAUGUGUGUACAACUGGAUACUUGACUCGAGUGUGGGAUCUCACCACCGGCGAACAGGUGAUGAGUCUUGGUCAUGGCGAGACUGUGAAAAGUCUAUCGCUUGCUUUCAAGCCAGGACAAAGCCUCGAAGAUGAGGGAAAGCGUAUCUGGCUCGGUACUAGUGCUGGUGACCUUCACGAACUCGACAUUCUGAGCCAAUCCAUCGUGGCCAGCCGCUCGUAUCCCUCACGGCGAGAGGUGAUCCAAAUCCUGCGUCACGAGAAAGAAAUGUGGACCUUGGAUGAUGAAGGUCGACUGCUUGUGUGGCUGCCGGACGAGACCGGCACACCAAACCUCCAAUAUAGCUACCACAGUGCUUCGGAACGUGUUGCUCGAGGCCACACAUUCUCCAUGGUUGUUGGAGACAAACUAUGGUUAGCGACAGGCAAGGAUGUCCACAUAUAUCGGCCCACUGCGCGGGAUGAUGUUUCGUUCAAGGUUCUCAAACGGCCUCUUGGUUUGCAGCACUCUGGUGAUGUGACUUCUGGGUCGUAUACCACGCGAGAUGGUGGCCGUGUAUACUUGGGCCACGCAGACGGCAAGGUUACUAUAUAUUCUUCCACUGACUACUCCUGCCUGGCGGUGGUCAAUGUUAGUGUCUAUAAGAUUAACUGCCUAGGAUUUGUGGGAGACUAUCUAUGGGCCGCAUAUAAGACCGGCAUGAUUUACGUCUACGAUGUAUCAACCAAUCCGUGGACGGUGAAGAAAGACUGGCGUGCCCAUGACAGUCCCGUUUCCACCUUUGUGUUAGACACGAGCAGCGUUUGGACGAUGAAUCGCCUUUCGGUGACAUCACUGGGCACCGACAACUGCAUUCGCCUCUGGGAUGGAAUGCUCGAAGACGAUUGGUUGGAACAAAGGAUGCAAAGUAGGGAUGUUGAAUUCUGCAACUUCCGAGAAAUCAAAGCCGUCGUCUUGACUUGGAAUGCGGGAGCUGCUACCCCUGGCAGUGUGCGAACGUCUGAUUUCAUCCGAGAUGCCGUGACCCCCGAAGACCCGCCGGAGAUCGUGGUAUUCGGAUUCCAAGAGCUGGUUGAUCUAGAAAACAAGAAGAUCACAGCGAAGAGCUUGCUCAUGGGUAGUAAAAAGAAAGAGAGCGGAGAGAAAGAACACAUGAGUCGUCAAUAUCGCGUGUGGAUCGACCAUCUUACUCGUACACUUCAUGAGUGUAUGCCACUCGAGGAAUCCUAUGUGCUCCUGCAUUCUGCCAACAUGGUCGGACUAUUUACUUGUGUUUUCGUAAAGCACAAGGAACGUCACAACAUCAAAAACAUCAAUGCCUCCGAGAUCAAGCGCGGGAUGGGUGGACUACAUGGGAACAAGGGUGCCCUUGUCCUUCGCUUUGUCCUGGAUGACAGCUCAAUGUGCUUUGUGAACUGUCACUUGGCUGCCGGUCAAACUCAGACCGCAAACCGAAACAAUGAUAUUGCGGCAAUCUUGGAAGCCGAAUCCUUAUCCGCAGAAAACAGCAUGACUCUGCGGGCAGAUCAGUUCGCCAGCGGCGGUGACGGAUCAAUGAUCAUGGACCAUGAAGUGUGCAUCCUGAAUGGCGACCUCAACUACCGAAUCGACUCGAUUCCUCGCAAUGUGAUUAUAGAUGCCGUUCGUCAGAACAACCUACCCAAACUCCUAGAACGAGAUCAGCUACUCGCCUCCCGACGAAAGAACCCUGGUUUCCGACUACGCGCCUUCGUCGAGUCUCCCAUCACCUUUGCUCCGACCUACAAGUACGACGUCGGCACGGACGACUACGACUCGAGCGAAAAGAAACGCUCUCCCGCCUGGUGCGAUCGCGUGUUAUACCGUGGUCUGGGCCGCGUCAAGCAGCUCGACUAUCGACGACAUGAAGUCCGAGCCUCCGAUCACCGGCCAGUCAGCGCUGCGUUCAAGAUUCGUGUCAAGACAGUUCUUGCUCAACAACGGGCCGCCACGUGGGACUCGUGCAAUCAUGAGUUCCAGGACGAGAAGCGUCGCUUGGCCUCGGAAGCUAGCAUCGAGUAUUUGAUCACUGUCCUUGGUACUGAUCCCCGUCAGGCCCGUGAGUUGAUCAUGGGGAAGGAGCAAUAG